AUGUCUUUUGUUGAGUUGAACAAUUUUGACGUCCUUCAGUAUUUUAAGAUGAAAAGAGUCAAGAAUGAACAAAUCCAAAUGCAAAUGAAUAAUUACUUGAAACGGCGGCAAUACCCGGAAAAUGUCAUUCCUGGAAAGAAGACAUCUCAGUUUAUCCAAGGAGCUGCUGAGUUAGUGUCUCACAAUACUGUCCAGCAUUUGUCCACUCUGAACAAUGUCCUUGCCUAUAGCAGCAUUACAGGUGAUAUUGCUGCUUGUGAACAGCAGUUCAGUCGAUUGAAACAGUUUGUUUGUGAAGCAGUGGAGCCAUAUCGAAGUGAAUUGCAACUCUUCCUUUAUCCAGUUUUUGUUCAUGUCUUUGUAGAAAUGUUGUGGAAUGGACACAAAACACCAGCACACAAAUUUCACAGUCGAUAUGCGUCAUUCUUUCGAGAUGAUCCUGAUCACCAUGAAAUCUUGGAUGCGUUAGUAAAACUUAACAGUCGAGAAGAUGUUCUCGCUUGCAAAACAGUUGCAGAGUUCAGGGAUAAUAAAUAUACACUUUCUUUCACCCAAGAUACUUUUGAUUAUUUGGUGCGAUUUUUGAAGGCUGAUGACAAUAUGAUAAUGUUGCAAAUAUUUAAUAAACACUUAAAAGUAGAAGUGAAAUCUGACAGAGUUCCUGUCUUUGAGCCAAAGCCCCCGAUUCUUCAGGCUUCAGCUGCUGGUCAGUUGACUGACAUCAACUCAGCCAAUGUGUCGUCCAGUGCAACAGCAGAUAAAAAACCAGCCAAUGACCAGGUGACCAAAGAAAUGCUUUUGGAAUGCAUUAAAAGAUUACAAGUCUUACCACCAUGUUUGCCUUCCAUAUGUUUUCUGGCUAUUACCAGUGCACAUCAUGGUCUCUCCUGUGCCUCUGUAUCUGAUGACAGAAAGUAUGUUGUUGGUGGUUUUGAGGAUUCCUCAAUUCGAUUAUGGAGUCUCGGGGGUUCCAUAGUAAGGGGUCCCCACCCCAAGAUUAACCCUGCCAACAUUACCCUUGCUGCUGACUAUCUCUCCCAUGGAGAGAAUGAGUGUGAUAAACAAUUUGACAAUUGGUCAAUGGACCAAGACCAAUCUGUGGUAUUAAGGGGACAUUCAGGAAGUAUAUACAAUUUUUGUUUCCUGCCAGACCCUGAUCCUCUUUAUUUGUUAUCUUGUUCCAAAGACGCUACCAUUCGGUUAUGGGAUUUGAAAACAUGUAGCAACACAGUCCGUUAUGCUGGACAUAACUACCCGGUGUGGGACAUUGAUGUUUGUCGAGUUAGCAGCUUGUUUGUCAGUGGUUCCUAUGAUAGAACAAGCAAACUUUGGUCUACAGAUCGAAUCUUUCCUGUACGUACAUUUGCUGGACACACUUUGGAUGUUAGUCGUGUGAAGUUCCAUCCAAAUGGCAUGUAUGUUGCUACAGGAUCAACAGAUCGUAGUGUACGAUUGUGGAGCAUUAAUGAUGGGAAAUGUGUACGUCUCAUGCAAGGUCAUCGAGGAACAGUCCUGGCUCUGGCUUUCUCACCCAAUGGCCAGUAUCUUGCCUCCUCAGGUGAUGACAGAAAAAUCCGUGUUUGGGAUUUAAAUACAGGAAAUUUGUUCAAAGAAUUCCGUGGUCAUUUUGAUACAGUUUACUCAUUAAGUUUUUGUCGAGAUGGUUCCAUGCUUGCGUCAGGUGGUUUGGAUGCCUCAAUACGAAUAUGGGAUGUUCGCAAAGAAGCAGAAUUUAACCCUGCCAAUGCUGACAGCAUGGCGUCCCCAGAACAGCUGGCCUGCUACCCGACCAAGUCAACUCCAAUUCAUUUCUUAAAUUUCACCAGUCACAAUCUGCUGUUGGGAGCCGGUCCUCUUAUCUGA